AACCCAUGUGAGCUGCUCUCCAACCAGUCCACACAAUUUACCAUAUAGUACAAAAGGUUUUCCCACUCAUCCCCGUAAUCCGAAUCAUAUUAGUACUAGUAUUCCUUUAAGCUUUCGGAUUUUGAUAAUAUUUAAAUCAAUUUAUAAGCUAAAGGUUUUGUUUUUCAUUGGUGGUCACAAAUUUUGUGGUUCUGAGUGGUUUAUUGGGCUUAAAAGGUAAGGUUUCUUCUGCCUAGAAUUUCCACAGUACCUUGUUUUAUUUUCUAGCGUGUACUUCAGGCAACAAUAUAUGAACUUAGCCUGUGAAUUUCGGUAAAAGGGUAGGGUACUACUUGGCUUUCUGACAAGGAGGGUACUUAUGAAUAAUUGUGUGAUUCUUGUAGCAGGGUUUAGCAUAUUAUUUAAUAGUUUCCUUAAAACAAUGUGAUGCUUUAGGUUCUUUGUGAAUUCUCUUCAUAGUUUGUGCAGUGGGCGUUUGACUUCUAAAUUCACAAACCUUUUUUUUUUUUUCUUUCAAUAUCUGUACUGUUUCUUUAGUUGGUGGUCUCUAUUUUUAGCAAAAACUGUGAGAUUGAGCAAUUUUGAGUCCAAAAUCAGUUGUUUUGGGGAAUGUGAAAUACUAGGCAAAGAUGGGAUCUUUCAGUAGUUUAGCAAUUGGAUUGGGUCUGGUCUUUGGGUGCCUCCUACUAGCUUUUGUUGCGGAGCUUUACUAUUUGCUAUGGUGGAGGAAGAGGAGAAUCAACAGCACAGAGAUUAUUGAAGAUGAUUACAGCAAUUAUGCAAAGGAACUAUUUCAAUUUAUUUGUUGGAAGAGACCCUCUUCUACGCACACCAACAAUACUCAACAAGAAAGUAUGAGAGACCCAGAUGCUAAUAAUAGUCUUGAACCAGACCUAGAGCUUGGCACUAGCAAGGACGUGCUUCUGAUGACCUAUGAAGAAGAAGGUGUGGAAUCAGAGCUCAUGAGGCUGCACAAUCUUGCAGGCCCACCAAGAUUUCUCUUCACAAUCAAAGAGGAAACUAGAGAGGAUUUGGAGUCUGAUGAUGGGAAAUCUAGAGGUGACAGAAGCAGAAAAGGGUCAAGAACUAGGAGCUUGAGUGAUCUUGUGGUGGCUAUUGAAACCCCAUUCCUUACCCCUUUGGCUUCUCCACGAUUAAAGUCUCCAACUUUGAACCCUUUUGAUUCCUAUAACCACCAUGGAUUCAACCCUCUCUUUGAAUCAUCAGCGGAGGUAGAAUUGAACAGGUUGAGAUCUUCUCCACCUCCAAGGUUCAAGUUUUUGAGGGAUGCAGAGGAGAAACUGUAUAGAAGAUUGAAGGAAGAAGCAGAGAAAAAGGCAGUUCAGAAUUGUGAGACUGUUCAAGAUUCUGGGGUUAAAGCUCCUUCUAGUUCAACAGUGGUAACAGAAGAAAAAGAUGGGUCUUUUCCCAAAAUUAUUUCUGGUAACAACAAAGAGAGAGAGCUUCAUCACAAUCUACCACAAUAUCAAUAUCCUGCAAGCUCCUCUCAGGUACUUCCACUGGCUUCUUCACCUACGACAUUCAGACCAUUUGACAAGGCACCCAUGGUGCAUUAGAUUUCCAUGAAAUUUCUCUUUGUUAAUUCUUUUCAUAUGUUAAUUAAUUUUUCUAAGAUGAUCACUUGUGUAUUAAUCUAAAAGGUGGUUAUUUUUAUAAGCUUGUUGGUUCUUAUUUGUGAUA